AUGCUACCCCGGCAUGUGCCCUGGCGGAACUGCAACUUUGCUUGCCUGCCCUGUUGGGUGCCAACGUCAAGCUCAAGGGGCAGAAGCUCAUUGGUGUUGAAUGAAUCUUCCCGGAAGGCCAUCUCAAAGGCACUGCUGCUUGGUGGUUUUCUUGGGGUGCACAGUCGACGUGCCAGUGGAGCACAAGGUCGAAGUGAUGUGCCUGACGAGUUAGAGGUUUGGCGACGGGCAGUGGCCCGACUCAAGCGGCCUGACUCAGAGCGUGCCCAGACCUUGGCACAGCGUGCAGCUGCCCGGGCAGCCGCAGGGCUUCCAGCGCCGCGAGGGGACUCAGCCAACAUCUCAACCAACUGCAGCUAG